UUGACCGUUACCCAAAGAGCUCUUUUCAUACAAAACGCUCUUCUCUUCUCUUUUCUUCACAAACACAGACAGAGGCUCUUUUCAUGGCUGAAUUUCUCUCUUCUGCACCACAACGCCAUCAGAAUGCAGACAUUAAUGGCGAAGAUGAAGGUGGUGAGGAGUGAAAUUGCUGCGAAAAAAGUGUUUGUGAUCGAGGAAAAUGAGGAGAUACAUUGGUAUGCUUCUUGAAUUCCGUCCGGAGACACAGCUACUCAAAUCCAAAUGCAAAGGAUCUUCAAGAUUAAUGGGAUAAAACAAGACCUUGGUUCAUUGUGAAAGGGAAGUGAUGAGAGAUUUACUGGAGAGUUGAGCAUACGACGUUGGGUUAGUGAUUCUUUUCCAGAUGAGAUUCAUAAGGUGGUGGAUGCUAAUUUGGUACAGCUAGGGGAUGAACGAAUUGAUGCAAAGAUGCCAAAGAAAUGGACUGUUGACUCAGUCUCACUAAUACAUGAACUUGUAGUACUAAAAAUAAUGAAUUAGAUAUAUAUACACAUAAUCUAAGAUCAUUUUCCCCCCUCAUCCAUUAAUUCGAAACCAAUCUGUUAUAGUUAUGGGAAGAAGUUGCAAUCCUCUCUUUGCUCUUUUGAUUUUCAUUCUGCUUGAUAUAUCACUCUCUAAUGUUAAAAUCUCACAUUUCUUUUAGUCCUAACAACAUCUUAGCAACCAACUGGUCUUCUUCCACCCCUGUUUGCUCCUGGAUUGGAAUCACUUGCACCUCCCGACACCAUCGAGUCACAGCUUUAGACAUUUCUAGUAUGCAACUUCAUGGUACCAUUCUUCCACACCUUGGAAACCUCUCAUUUCUUGUUUCUCUCUCAAUAUUGGUAAAAACAGAUUUCAUGGGAAUUUGCCCCAAGAGUUGGCUCAUUUGCUAGUAGACCUUCGCAUUUUGCACCUGUGGAGCAAUCAAUUUUCAGGAAAAAUCCCAUCUUCCCUUUCCAGUCUAACAAAGCUGGAAGUGUUAAGAAUAGCGGGAAAUUUCCUCGAAGGAGAGAUCCCUCGAGAACUUGGUAAUCUUCAUUACAUGACUGCUUUAAACCUGGAAAGUAACCAUCUUACUGGUUCUAUACCACCAUCAAUUUAUAAGACUGCGAAUCAUUGCUCUUUCCAGCAAUACUCUUACAGGUGAGCUUCCAACAACUAUAUGUGACCAUCUUCCAAACUUGGAAGGGCUUUACCUCUCAGAAAACAUCCUAGGUGGCAUCAUUCCACCAAACUUUGAAAAAUGCAAAAAGCUCAAAUUCUUGUCAUUGUCUGAAAACAAGUUCACUGGAACUAUACCGAGGGAGUUAGGCAACAUAACAAAUCUUGCAGGAUUAUUUAUACCUUGGGUUGCUGCACUUCAAAGGAGAGAUACUACAAGUGGAUCUAGGUAAUCUUAAGAAACUACAGAUUCUGUCAUCCCCACAAGCAUUUUCAACAUGUCAGCGCUGAGGGCAGUCGUACUUGACGAAAACAUGUUUUCAGGUAAUCUACCAGCAGAUUUAGGCAGUGGGAUCCCCAGCCUAGAAACAUUGAUUUGUGCAAACAACAAUCUGAGUGGAUUUAUAUCUGCUACUAUCUCAAAUGCUUCAAGACUCGGUAUGAUUGAUCUUUCAAUCAACAGUUUCACUGGUCCAAUUCCUCAAUCACUUGGUAACUUAGAAAACCUUGAGGUUUUGAACCUGCAGAUGAACAAUUUUGUCAGCGAUUCAGCAUUGAGCUUCCUCUCAUCUUUGACACACUGUAGGAAACUGAUAGAACUCAGAUUUGCUAAGAAUCCCUUGGAAGGCUUUUUCCCUGCAUCCAUUGGAAAUUUCUCUGAUUCUCUGCAAAUUUUCGAAGGAUGGACUUGUAAACUGAAAGGCUCCAUUCCUCGAGAAAUUGGUAAUCUUACCGGGGUGAUAAGGAUAAAUUUUUCACAAAAUAAUUUGACUGGACAUAUUCCAAAAACUAUCCAAGGCAUGCUGAACCUUCAAGAAUUUUACCUAGAGAGCAACAAGAUAGAAGGAAUCAUACCAGAUGUUAUCUGCAAUUUAAAGAAACUUGGAGCAUUAUACUUGUCAGGUAAUCAAUUUUCUGGUCGCGUGCCACCUUGCUUAGGAAAAGUUACCAUGAUUGUAGAGUAUGGACAAGAUGGAAUAGUAUCCACGAGCUGUGAUGUUUAUAGUUUCGGCAUCCUGAUGAUGGAGACGUUUACAAGAAUCAGACCAGGUGAUGAAAGAUUCACUGGAGACUUGAGCAUACGACGUUGGGUUAGUGAUUCUUUUCCAAAUGAGAUUCAGAAGGUGGUGGAUGCUAAUUUGGUACAGCUAGGGGAUGAACGAAUUGACGCAAAGAUAGAGUGUCUGUUGUCUAUCAUAGAGUUAGCUUUGAGCUGUACUUUAGCGACACCUGAUGCAAGAAUUGGUAUGGAAGAUUCUCUAUCAACACUUGAAAAGAUCAGGCUCCAGUUUGUCAAUAGAUGGAACUAGACCAUCCGCAUAUGAUUGAUGCUUGAUUACCUAGGUCAAUUCUGCUAUUUAAGAUAAAUUCAGUUUUGUCACUUCUCGAAUUUACAAUUAAGACCAGUAACUUUUAAUAAUGAAGUUAAAUCAUCUUUCAAGGUAAA